UUCUUUUCUUUUCUUUUCUUCCCCCAAAUAAGAGAAGAGUAACCCCACUCUCUGCGGCAGAAACCCCCGAGUCCUCCGCCGCCGCCGACAACCACCAACCCUCUUCUCCCCAGCAUUCAACCCUAGCUUCCGGCGAUGGCCCCGAAGCGCGCCGCCAAGAAGGCGGCCCCGCCGCCACCUCCGCCUCCGCCUCCGCCGGCUGAAUCCUCUGAGGACGAGACCCAGUCGCGCUCGCGCUCCGAGGAUUCGGAGGACCAAGAGGUCCUCGCCGAGUCCCCUAUCCCUGCCCACACUCCCGUCCUCAACAAUACGCCUGCGCCGGCACACAAGGGCGAUGAGUCGGAGUCGUCUGACGAAGAGGAGGAGGAGCCCGCCCCCGCGGCUCCCGCGGUCCCCAAGAACCAGCCUCCGCCGCCGCAAAAGAAAGUGGAUUCCGGCAGCGACGAAGAGGAGGAGGAGGAUGGCGACGAGGAAGAGGAAGAGGAGGAGGAGGAGGAGCCCACCCGCGCGGCCCCUCCCUCCGCUCCGAAGAAGCAACCCCCGCAGGAUGACUCCGACACUUCCGGCGACGAGGAGGAGGAGGAUGAGGCGCCGCCGCAGUCGCCGCCGGAGCCUGCCCCAAAGAAGGCGGCGGAGAUCCCGAAGCCCCCGGCGGCGGCCGAGACCAAGAAGCCAGGCCCAUUCGAGCGCAUGUGGUCCACCAACGACGACGUCCGUAUCCUCGAGGCCCUGGCCGCUCACCAAAAGCAGCACGGCGCGCUCCCGCAGCCUGAAGCGCUCGUGGACGUCCUUGCCGGGAAGCUCGACAAAUCUGCCUACGGCAGCAAGGAGCUCCAGAACAAGGUCAAAAGCCUCAGGACCCGCUACCUCAUACUCAGCAAGAGGGGCCAGCUCCCCAGCAAGGAGCACGACCGCCGGGUCCUGGAGCUCUCCAAGCUCGUCUGGACAAGCACUGACAAGACCUCCCCUGUUGAUGCUGCUGCUGCGAAUGCGGUGGUGAACGGUCAUGAGCCCAAGGGGUUCCAGGAGAUGUGUGAGCUGUACCCGCACCUAGCGGAGGAGGUGAAGGGGCUGGAGGCGGCGCGCCCGGGCAUGUGCAAGAGGGAGUUCGGGAAGAUGGACGAUGGCAAGGCGCGUUCCAUGGACGAGAAGAUCAAGAAGCAGAGGGUGAUGCAGAUAAAGGUGGAGAUGCGCCACGCUGACCUCGUCAAGGAGGUGACCAAGGCUCUGCUCGACCUUGUCGAUUCAUGAGGAGCUUAUAUCUCAACUGUAUCGAUCAUCACCUGAAAUCGAUGCUGAUGAGAGCAAUGCCGCAACUGCAAGUUGUGACUGUCUUGGUAGUGCAGAAACUCGUAUUUUGCUUGAAAUUGGCGUAUCGAUCAUCACCUGAAAUCGGUGCUGAUGAGAGCAAUGCCGGAACUGCAAGUUGUGACUGUCUUGGUAGUGCAGAAACUCGUAUUUUGCGUGAUGAUGGCAUAUGCAAGAAUUGUGAAAUUUGCUGAUAGUGUAAGAAUGUUCUAAAAUUACGAGUUGUGGUGUCUUCACUAGAAUGUUAAAUUGUGGCGUGUGAUGGUGUAGGAGUGUUUUGUGUGAGGUUAUGAAAUGCUCGCUGGAUGUGUUUGGAUGUUCUUA